AUUUACCCAAAUCCCUAUUCUCAAAAACUUAACUCAUAUGUGGACAUGAUAUAGACAUCUCUGUACAAUCCAAAUCCUCAGAAAAAAACCCUUUAAAUUUGUUUGAUUGUUUCUGUUGCCCUAUAUAAUCAUCAACCAAUCAAUCAGUUCUUUCAUUCUCGUCUAAAAGGGAUCAAGAAAAAGUUCCAGAAAUAAUUAAGCCGUGAAUAUGGACGUAAUACCAGUCAGAUUCAAAAGGGUCGCGGCGGCUUUCGACGAUGAAGCUCGCGCCCGGUUAUACGGCGGCGGCGGCGAGAGCAGCGGCACUGAUCACUCCGGCCACCAGAGUUUGACCGAUCUGUCUUACCUAGUCAACUCUUUCUUGGAAGACGAUGGCCAUGGAGGACUGGGUGAUGACGCCGAUGAUGGAAAAACCGAAUCUUCGCCGGAGAAUAACUGCUCCGACUCCGAGAUCAAAGAUUCACUGAAAAGAUUGUUUGGUUGGGACGAAGAAACCGGUGGCGGCGGUCAUUAUGAAGAUAAGGUGAAGAAGAAAAUUCACGGGCUGGUUGUGAAAGCCCUGAGGGAUUUAAACGGUCAUGAUAACCUUUCCGCCAGAACGGAUUUCAAACGCCGUUUGAUGGCUCGAUUGCGCCAUAGAGGACUUGACGCCGGUCUUUGCAAAUCGAAGUGGGAAAAGAAUGGACAUGUUCCAGCAGGAGAUUAUGAGUACAUUGAUGUUUAUGCAUCGGGAAGUCGUUAUUUCGUUGAAGUUUCAUUAGCCAAGGAAUUCAGCAUUGCCCGACCAACAGAUUGCUACUUGUCGGUGUUAAGCAUGUUCCCACAAAUAUUUAUUGGGAAGCAAGAAGACGUGAAGCAAUUGACGAGGUUAAUGUGCAAUUCCAUGAAGAAGUCGAUGAAGAAAAUGGACAUUUUCAUCCCACCCUGGAGGAGGUUGGCUUACAUGCAAGCCAAGUGGUUGAGUUCUUACAAAAGAACCACUAAUGAAACAUCUUCUGUUGCUGGUGCUUCUAUUCAUGGUGAUGAAACAUCGGAGGAAUACGAGCCAAGGAGAAAGAGAUCGGUUGGUUUCGUGCCGAAUGCGACCAUUUCGUUUCUUUGCAGAGAGGAUUUCGCCACUAGGGGUGGUGGUGGUGGAGGAUUGAGGGUGGGUAAUUUGGCUGCUGCUUUGAAUGAUAAUAGCAUACUAUCCUGAUUAGGAUAUAUGGGUGCCUUUUGAGAGUAUUUAUGAUUGAUUUGCUUGGCGCAAGCUAGGGGAAAUGAUGUUGGAUGCAAUAUUUCUAGGCCAAUUUUGGAGAUGAACGCUUGAUCGUUACACCAUGUUGAUGUUGAAUGUAUCAAAUUGUUUGUAUAUAUAGUAGCGGUAUCGUAUUAGACUGUAGUGUUUAUUAGCAUUUGCCAAUGUAUACCUCAAUUGGGUAGAUUGGUAGAUAGAGUGAUCUCAGUGAAGAAAAAAGCUCG